AUGGGGGGCACGGCGCUGCUGGCUCUGCUAGGGCUGUGUUUGGGGACGGUGGUCACUGAGGCCCAAGGCCCGGAGAGUCUGGACAUUGCCAAGCUUGUAGGUUUCUGGUACGAGAUCGCCUGUGCCACCAAGCCUGCCAGAAAGUCCCCGGCCCUGAGCCCCGGGCAGCCCGUGAGUGCCGUGCUCAUCAGCUUGGAUAACGGCCAGCUGGGCCUCACCACCUCCUACUUCCAAAAGGACCACUGUGUGAAGAUCAGGGAACAGGUCUUGCAGGGGGACGCUCCACGCAAGUUCAAGAUCAUCGUAGAGGCUGGAAGCAAGGAUGUGGAAGUGGUGGCCACGGACUACGUCACCUUCGCCAUCCUGGACAUGUCCUCCUCCGUGGACGGGCGCGCCCAGCGGGUCCUGAAGUUCUACAGCCACAAGCUGGAGCCAAGCAAAGAGGCCUGGGACAAGUUCCACCAAGUGGCCCAGGAACGCGGCUUCGGCGAGCAGGAGCUGCGCUUCCCGGAGCCGGACCGUCAGUAG